AUGGCGGCAUCGCUUGCGCCACCAUGCCACUCCGCGCUCUCUCCGCCGCCCCUUCGCCUCGCCGCGCGCCAUUCCCCCUUCCGCGCCUCCUCCCUGCCGCUCCACCCGCGGGGGAUGAUGCGCGGGGCGGUGCGCCGCGCGGCGCAGGGGGUGCGCGCGGGCGUGGCGGAGGCGGGCGGGGAGCCGGCGCCGAUGGGGCAGGUGACGCGGUACAACGACUCGUUCAUCGACCUCGCGCUCAUGGGGCUCUUCCGCCGCAAGAUGGAGCAACAAAUCGGUGAGGUGGCGACGAGGAAGCGCGGGUACGAGGCGUUCGUGGAGGUGUCGCGGCGGGUGAUGCAGGGGCGGUCAGCCGCGGAGCAGCGUGCCAUCGUGGCCAACGUGCUCGUGUCGCUGCUGCCACCCAACGCCCCUGCCACUUUCCGCAAGUGGUUCCCGCCCAGCAAGUGGUCGGCGGAGAUCAACGCCGCCAUCACAGUGCCCGGUUUCCAGUGGCUCGUGGGGCCCUGCCAGCUGAAGGAGGUGGAGGUGAACGGGCAGAAGCAGAUGAGCGGCGUGCAGAUCACCAAGUGCAGGUACCUGGAGGUGAGUGGGUGUGUGGGCAUGUGCGUCAACAUGUGCAAGCUGCCCACUCAGGACUUCUUCACCAACGACUUUGGGCUCCCCCUCACCAUGACACCCAACUUUGAGAACAUGAGCUGUGAGAUGGUGUUCGGCCAGAUGCCCCCUCCCCUCUCCGAGGACCCCGCCCUCUCCCAGCCCUGCUUUGCUGCUCUCUGCUCCAUGGCCCAACCAGAGGCUGACAAGUGUCCGCGUGUUCCCGAUGCCACACCCUGA